AUGAAUCAAUUAUUGUGCAACAUUGUGUUGUUCCUUACAUUCGCCGUAUCGGCCGCAGCAGUAAUAGUGCUCACCUUCGUGCCGUGUUACGCAACGAUCUGCUCCGAAGAUUAUUUCGACUUCGAAACACGGCUACAUCUCAUCAUUUACUACGGCCUUCUUGCGGUACUUGGCAUCGCGCUUCUGCUCCGAAAAUACUUUCCCCGAGUUCGGACGAUCAGUGGUCAUCAUCUGCUACCUGGUGGGCCACUCGUGAGCAAGAGCGUGACCGUUGGUGGCUUGUUGGCUUCCGUCUGGAUUGUUGGAGUCACCGCUUCGACAACAGUCUUUUGGCUACCGGCACAAUGGGACUUUUGGGGCCAGCGAGCGGACCCUCUUGGCUGGAUGAGUGCCAAGAUCCAACUCACCAUCACGGGCGUCACCGGGCAUUAUGCUGACAUAUUGUUGGGGCUCUUGAUCAUUCCCGUCUCGAGAAACAGUCUGAUUGGAAAGGGACUCUCGCUGCAUCAAAGCACGCUGUUGUUCAUGCAUAAGAUGGUCGCGUAUCUCUACUCGGCGGCGGCAACUGCCCAUGGUAUCACCUAUAUCAUUUAUGCGAGCGAUUCCAGCAGCGAGGGAGAUGAGGCGAAAGAAGAAGCCUUUGCCACAGGAAACCCGGCAAUGACACUCUCAGAGAGCAAGCAGCGAAGCGAAUGGUUCACCUUGACCACUUAUACCGGAAUCGCUGCGAUCUUGCCGGUGUGGAUUAUCGUCAUCACGUCGAUACCCUGGAUUCGCCGGAACCACUACAACUUCUUUUACUACAACCACGUUCUCUUUGGCCUGGUCAUAUUCGUCGCAGCUAGCAUUCACGCCAGCACUGACUUUUACCUUCUCAUGCCCGGCUUGCUCCUAUGGCUUGCCGAUUGGGCAUGCCGCAUCUUCGCGGGAGAAGCGGGGGGUCUUUCUUCAAAGACGAGUGCCACCUUGGAGAACGCAGGAAACGGGUGGCUCCGGAUCACUUUGCCUCCACUGAGGAAGUUAGAUGACUCUUACAGUAGAGUAAUUGCCUUGGAAGAGAAAGGCAGGCCUAGUUUCCAGCCACUUCUCUACUAUCACCUCCAGAUCCCGGCCAUCAGCAGACUUCAAAACCACGCCUUCACUGCAGCGAUCCCAAGCUCCAUCGACUCUGGUCCCGUCUUCCUUCUGCAACCGACCACUGGAAAGUCCCAGAGAAGACUCAACAAGGAAUGGACCUGGAAGCUGGCCUCGCUCGUGUCUGAGCCAUUGAGCACCAAGACCAUAAACGUUAGAGCUGAGGGUCCUUACGGUGUCGGUGACAAUGGAUUCGAAACAGCCUCCCAUCUUAUUUGCAUUGUGGGAGGCACAGGAAUCACUGGCGCUUGCAGUCUCGCACACUGGUGGCUGGAGAGACGUCCCGAGAACACGUUUUUCACUCUGGUUUGGACUGUGCGAGACAGAGAGGCCUCGAUGAUCAGGGAAUGGACAGAUCUCCAACAGACGGCGAAUUCUGUGCCGAACCUGACGACUUUCACACACGUGAGCUCAGAGAUUGGCAGAGUCGUUCCUUCGGAGCAUCUGAACAACGCUCUUGCUUUAGCUGGAGGGGCGGUUGCAUCUUCGAGCGGGCACGCAUGGGUAUACAGCUCUGGGCCAACUGGUCUGCUUGACAGUGUCGAAAAAGCGUGCAUCGGAGCACAGAAGAGCAUUCGUGUUGCUAAGGACGAGAAAGGCGCAAGCAGCUGGGCGGUCCAAGACAUCGGCUGGUACGUAGCAAAGUGGGAGGUUUGA